AGAGAUAUCUACGUCACAUGCGCACAAGCAAAUCGAAAAAACCGCGCGAAAUGUUUGUUGUAGAAGAUGAAGAAGUCGAUCAUGACCACCUGGAUUUUCGCUGUGUUACGAAAAUUGUUGGAGCGAUCCAUGCUGCUUUCGUUUAUUAGCUCUGGUUUGUAGCACUCAGCAGCUUACAGGAACGCAAGGCCUCUGAGUCGAAGUGCUAUUGGUAAGAGAUGGCAAUAGAGGCCAUCGGGCGGCUUGCUGAUCUGCACAUUGCUGACGACUUGGAAGGGAAACUGCGAUUGUUUGGACAGUAUGAUUCGGUUCACGACGAUUUGAAAACCAAAGGCCUAUCAGCUCUUUUCUGCGGAGGCUCGAGUCAGUCAGUGCAGCAGGAUGCUGCUGCGGUUGUAGAGGAUGUCGAGUCGGAUAUCGACUCGAUCUGUUCGGCAUGGAGGCAACAGGGUCAAUACGACCGGGCAAAUGAGCUUCAAGCACAAGUUUCUCUUUUCAAGAAGUUGUCAUCAGAAGGUGCAGUGGCUGAAGGGCCGGCCAUUCUUCGCUUCCUCUUGCAGCUGGGGCGGCCGGAUUUGCCUGCCGAUGUGCAGCGGGGUUGUGGUCUGGCGUUCGCGUACCAACGCCAGCGUCUUCAAACUCUAUUGCAGCUAUCCGAGUCCACACCGGUGUACCCAACUCACCGGCCGCUAGACUAUUCUGACACAUGUCUGGCCAGGACACACCAGCCGAUUGCGGACUAUGUGUAUCGGCCCCGUCCCUACAUGCAAUAUGACAGUGGUGUAUUCUCCUCGCUGCCAUCAUCCAGUAACGCAGAGCAUGAGCAGUGUGGUGAACUCUCCGUUCAAGGUCAACCUGUGGAAGACUGGUUGAAAAGUUGCUCGCGUCCUUACUGGAUGCAGCAAGUUCAGCAUCAGUCCGUCUACAGUGGCGAUGGAAGUUUGUUUGGAGCACUCACACAUGGUCAAGUUGCUAGGCUUGGCGACAAGCUAAGAAUCCCGCACUUGAAGGAUCCCACAGAUGGAGAGGAAGCAAGGAUGUCCGAUGUCUUCAGUUCUCUGCGCUCAAGCUCCUACGAUAGUUCGGCGACACUUGAUCGUCUCCAUCACGUGCUUGCUACUCAUCGUCAGCAGUCGGCUGUCGAUUCACGAAGCCAAUCCACCUUCGCACUAUCUCGUGUCUCGGAUGCGCAGGGUCAGUCUUAUUUGAGUGAGGCUGGGUCAGUUGCGAUGGAUGCCGUCCUGGAGGAAACGAUGCACCUUGGCUCGUCGACGCCUAUCGAGGUGACGAGUCAGUCGCAGAUCAUCCAUGACUGCUGCGUCGCCAUGCUUGGUGUUCCAUCACAGACAUUCUCCUGUGAUUCAGGUGAUCAUCUCAAGCUGGAACGCUGCCAUGUGGUCGGCUUCAGUGGUCUGGCUCUUGAGCGUGCACUUUCCUCAGUUGCAACGUGGGGCAAUGCUUACCGUCGCUUGCUGAGGCUAACCCGUACGGACGCUGGUAGCAUGUGCCGGCGUCUCGUCACCGGCCCGCGCUCCUACACGUUGGUACAGCGUGCGUUCUGCGAUGGCCUGCUGGACUAUCUGCAGUGCUAUCGUGCUGCGCUGCUCGAUCUGUGCACUGGAGAUAAGUCGGCUUCAAGGAACAUAUUGUCUUUACAUACGUCCAUCGCACCGCUUGGUCGCCAACUUCUGUUCAUUCUUGCAGUGUCCACAGCUGCUGCAGCCACUCCGUCUGAUGACCAUGAUGAUGUACUACUUCCUACGUGUGCCUUGCUUUCCUCUCUGUACAAGCAAGCGUCUGAACACCAGCAUUCACAGCACUACGCGGCCUUGCUUCAUCUCUUUGCCACUGCUUUACAACCUUACCUUCAGUUCUUGCACCGCUGGAUGGAGGACGGCAGGUGGGAUGACAUCUUCGGCGAGUUCUUCCUGCGUGUAGACGAACAGAGCCUGGCACUGCGAGAUGUGCGUUACUGGCAGCAUGGCUAUCGAGUGGCUCGUGGUGCUGGCCGCGGAGAGCCAAUAAUUCCACUCUUCCUGGCAUCGAUUGCAGAAAAGCUGAUCGGCUGCGGCAAGGCAGUGGAAUUGCUGCGGCAAUGUUCACCCAAUCACCCUCUCUUAGCCGCGGGACAAGCUCGAAUGGACCUGCGUCUUCGAUUCAGUAUAAACGGUCUCCACGAAUCCAUGCUGGCCUGCUCAGAUUUUGUUCAAGAGCGCGACAAUGCCCUUCACGCAUUGCAAAGACAGAGCGAGGAAAAGGAUGAGGAGCUGCGUCUUGGCAUCAUUCACGCUGCGGAGCAAAGCAAAAAGAGACAAGAAGCAGAGCAAGCGAAGAAGGAAGUGCAGCGCGGACUGGAACGAGAUGAGCAGCAGCGAACGCUUCAGGAGCUGAAAGACAACAUGGUUGCUGAACAGGAGCGCAAAGCAGCGGACGUGGCCAGAGAACGGAAAGAGGACGCCGAGUUGAUUCGAGGCAUGCUGGAGAAGGACGCUGAGCAAGAGAGGCUGGAGAAUGAAGCAAGAGCUGAACUCAUUGCACGCUAUGAGAAGUUAUCAGCGGAUGCCGAGCAGCGUAGAGUGCGAGCCGAAUGGCAGACAAAGAGAUUGGCGUUGCAUGAGGAACGAGUGAAGGCCAUAGCGGACAAUGCUGCUCGUGACGCUGCAGCCGAUUCUCAAACAGGUGCCGAGAGUGGACCACCUGCAGCUGCAAUGUCGAGCAAGGUCAACCCAUCUUCUCGCUCCGAUGAUGCAGGUUUACCAGCGCACUCCGAUGGCUCUUUGCCUGCCAUUGUCGAUACUCUGCCUGUGGUGGGAAGUGAUGUGUCAUUACCAUCUAUUGGCACUAGCCAAAGUUCACCGGGUAAUGUACCGGUAAACAGAUCAAGUGUGGAUGCUGCUGGCCAGACUGCAGCACACACAAUCUUGCAGAGCAGUGCCACCAGUGUGCAACCGGCCACCUCUCUACCGCCUGUGUCCGCUGCAUCACCUCGCAACCGGGGGCAAGGUGAUAGUGUGGACGGUGAUGCCGUCGACAGCGGCGGCGCAGAGGAGUUCACAUCCGACACAGUGGUGCUGGUACCUAGAAGCACGGUGACAUCGUUCUCAUCACGACCUCAUGCUCAUGAUGGUAAUAGUGGUGAUUCACAGGAUCCUACUUUGCACAAGGCAACGGCAACAGCAGCAGAAACAGCAACAACAACAGCAUUAGCAGCAGCAGCAACAGCGGCAUCAGUAACAGCAGCAACAGUACGAGCACCUAGUACUGACUCCAGCAGUAUCCAGCGCCCUACUGUCACGCACUCGCCCGGACCAGCAGUGACUCUGGCAGCAGCAGGAAAGGAAAUUUCUGGUAAGGAGUCGCCAGCCCUGAGCAUUGGCAGUGAUGACAAAGAAGGGAAUGGUGCUGUUGACGUCCUCACCCACACCGCUGUUGAUGCUUAUGAGCUAGAUGCUGAGCACACAGAGUGCGAUGGCCAGCGGCCUAAAGUUUCUGAGUCAGAGUCUGAACGGUGUAUUGAGACAUCUCGCAGAACUGCAGGCCUCCGCCCGCUCACCAUUGACUUCUCCGGACUCGACCAGCCGCCGGCGAUAGGGAAGAUGACAGAACGUCGUAAUCAUGAUGAUGACGAAGAUCGUUGUUUGGAUGCGAUUGAGACAUUUCCGCUUUCUGUCAUAAUCAGGCGAUGUCUCCUGGAUCCUCUGCUUGCUCAAUCACGCGCCGCUAACGACGCUCUUCUUCAUCAUUUCCUCGCCGACCUGGCCAUUGGCAAGCACUUUGCCGCACUACGCCGCUACCUGCUACUGGAGUGUGGAGAGUUUGGGCAGGCGCUUGGCGAGCGCCUCUUCAAUCAGUUGAGCUCUGGACAAUCAGUCCACACCAUACGGUCGCCUAUGGCGCUCUCCGACCUGCUGAGCCACGCACUCCGACAAGCGCAGCAGCAGGAUAGCCCGGACGCCAAGCGACUCAGCUUCUCCAUCCGACACACGUCGGGAACGUUCAGGCCUUCAUCUGUUGGUGCUUUCAACUUCUUGCGCAUCAACUACCAGAUUGACUGGCCGCUGAAUAUCGUGAUCACGGACGACAGCAUGUCCAAGUACAACAAGGUCUUCCUGUUUCUGCUCGAGAUGAAACGUGCUUCCUGGCUGUUGAAGGAUUGCCUGUUUUACCUCAAGAAUCGCGCCGAUCACGAUGGUGAACACAAUCGCUUUGUCUACCGAUCGCAACAGUUUCGCCAGGCCCAACUGUUCAGGCACGAGAUGCAGCAUUUCGUACAGUCGGUUGAAGGCUACCUAUCCGAUCAGGUGAUUCAAGUCAGCUGGAAAGAGUUUCAGGUGGACUUGGCCGAGGAGGCAUUUGACCUGGACAGGCUCAUCCAUUGCCACUCGGAGUACCUGAGAAAGCUGCUGUUCCGGUCGUUUCUGAGCCAAAAGGCCACAGCUGUGAUGAAGAUUGUGGCCGAGGUCCUGAGCACGGUGUUGCGCUUUCACACACAGCUUGUGACCGGUCGCUGGGAGUUCACCACCAGUGAUGAUGGCAGCACAACCUGGGCUACUCACUCUCACUUUGAUGCGGUGCGCGCCACCCACCAGUCGUUCAAGAAGUACUCCGGCUUUCUGUUCAACGUCGUGACCAAGAUGGUGGAGCGGAGCUAUCAGUCACACCUGGACGAGUUCCUGCUGUGCCUCAACUUCAACUCGUAUUACAAGCCGGUUUUGGGAACAUCUGCUCCUUCUAGUAUCACUGCGUCCGAUGCAGGCGGUGGCGGUGGCGGCGGCAGUGGUGCUAGUGAGUGAUGUUGGGGCAUGGCACCCAUAUCGGCCAAGUGCCCGUACACGCGUGAUGAUGUGCAUUGUGUUGACAGUGCUAUGCUUGUCGCAGCUGAUCAUCCGCUUCCUGGACGCUACUGAUCUCCCACAAGGACAACAGACAGCACUGCUCUCCACAUGUUUAAAAGGUAGUUUGGGAGUCGAGUCUCAUUCCUUAUUUAAAGGUCAUAGUGGGGCUGUUGCAGCCGCUGGGCAGAAUAUUUUCGGACUCCUAUCAACAAGGACACAUACUUUUUUUAGCAAGAAUUUAUCCCCACACUUCUCACUUUUGCCUUACACAUGCAUGUGACAUUGACUUGAAAACUGAUGAUGAAACAAUGAAACUCAUUUCACAGAACAAUAAGGACAUAAUAUUUUUUACUGCAUCGCAAUAAUUUUUUAACAUUGUGUGAAUUGAGUACACCGGCAAUUCUGACUGCAAAGACUACCAUCAUCCACUCUCUCUGUGUCUCUUUAUCCUCUCUCUCUCUCUCUCUCUCUCUCUCUCUCUCUCUCUCUCUCUCUCUCUCUCUCUCUCUCUCUCUCUCUCUCUCUCUCUCUCUCUCUCUCUCUCUCUCUCUCUCUCUCUCUCUCUCUCUCUUUACCGCCAUGUUGGCUUGCUGCUCUGUGUUUUAACUAAUGUGGGAUGUGGAAAUAUUAUUCUUUCCUUUAGUUGUGUGUGUGUGUGUGUGUGUUCUUCAUGCAAGUAGUGUUUGGAUUCUGCCCGGCUGCAGCCUCAGCACCUCAACUUGCCCUGCUUUUGCCACUUUUUCAUGAUAGAGAUUCUAUACUGUUUCGGUCAGUCUACGGUAUGAACAUGACAGUCAUUAUGAUCCUGAAUAGAA